AUGAGGGCCUGGUUCUACGUGAGGACCCCCGCUGCGUCGAAGACUUUAGAUGACGGCAGCGUUGAUAAAGUUUAUCCUUAUGCGUCGCUGAUGAAGGAGCUGAAGCCUUUCUCGAAGGUUGAUCCUUCGCAGGAGAUGUCGGAGGAGCGACUGGCUUGUGAUAAGGCAUUUGCGCUGGCGUGCCGAUAUUCCGGAGGCCGGGAUUUGGUUGAGGAGAUGGUCGCUGCUGACUACUGGCUCCUUGGCCGCAGGACCGACGAGUUCACCAUUGAGAUGGUGCAAGUUCCUGUGUUUGGUCCUCCGGAGGGGUUGCCGUUUCCCCGGUUCGGCGCGGGUAUUCCGGAGGAUGAGACCAAGGAGUCCUUCCUUGAUCGUGUGGAGGUUUCUGCCCGGAGGAUCGUCGGGAAGAUCUCGGAGAAGGAAUAUCUCCAGCGUAGGUCUGCGCUUGGGACGAUGCCCCGGUUCAACCGCGUUUUUGAGGAAUUGGGGAUCGAGUAUGAGGAUUAUGUUAUUCCUCCGGAUGUGUUGCUUGGGUUGGAGAAGAAGAAGGACUCCUCGAAGGCUGUUGCUUUGGCGGAGUCGAAGAAGAGGAAAGGGGGUGGCGCAGUCAAGCAACUUGCGAAGAAGCGGAGGGCGGAGGUUGUGCUAGAGACUCCUGUGGAGUCUUCCUCCGCCCGCUCAUCUGGUGCCGAGUCAAACUCGGUAGCUUCUGCACCUGCGGGGGCCGCUGCUGCUGGUGGAGCUCCUGAAGUUGAAGCUUCGCGUGCGGUUUCCUCUGUGCGCGCGCCUUUCGCGUCUCUUCUUGGGGAGGAGUCUUCCGACGCGGAGGCCCCUGAGCCGAGCCCUGCGCGGGAGGCAAAUCCUGCAGCGUCUGAGGGUCCGCGCGUGGCUUCAGUUGGCGGAGGGUCUCCGCCUAAGGAGGUUCAGGUGGAGUCCAGCGACGAAGCUGAGUCCGCCUCUGUUCGGAGGAUCAGGAGGGCGGAGGCUCCCCUUCGUCCGGCUGGUGACGCGGAUGUUUUUGCUGGGCUGGCUACCGCGGAGGAGAUGGCUAAAGGCGCCAGCGUUGCGCAGGAAGGGCUUGCCGUUCCUCCGCCGCGUGAGCCUGCGCCUUCUGCGUUGGCCAACAGGCCUUCGCCUGCUGAUGUUCUUGGUCCUGGUGCUUCUGAACCUUCGAUCACAGGUUGGACUGAUGCCUUGCGCGAGGUUCAUUCCUUGGUCGGAGAUCGUUUUCGUCAGAAGCUUCGCGGCAUGGACUUUGACACGCUCCUUCGCGUGCAGUAUGAGCAUCAUAGCCUUGGUCAUCACAUGGCUGCCGCCUUGGAGGAGCGUUGCUCCCGGGAGGUUAUCUGCCGUGAUGAGGCGAUUGGUGCUCUGAAGAAGGAGAACGAGACCUUGGAAGCUGAGAAGGCUCGUCUGUCGGAGGAGGUUAAGGACUUUUCCUCCGUCAGGAGGGAGGUUGAUUCCCUGAGAAAGGAGAGGGAUGACUAUAAGGCUGGGUCGGAGGUUCUGAAGAAAGAGAAAGAAGAUGCCGAAGCUUCGGCGGCGGUCCUCCGCACAAGUAUCGCUGAGGCGGGGAGAGUUAGGGACUUAGCCCUGCAGCGAGCUGAGAAGGCGGAGGACAUUGCUGAACGCCUUCGCAAAGAGCUUGACGCUGAGCGGACUUUGUGGGAAGCACCUCUGCUCCUCCGCCCGGCGGCGAUGUUGGGGCUGCCCUCGCAUGGCUGA